CCGCAGUGCAACCCUGCUGUAAAGAAAUCAAAGAAAAAGAAAGACAACGAACAAUGGCUCCCACUCCAUUCGGCGCCCCGAUGCGCCAACACUUCCUCCUCGACCCGAACUACAAGAAUCUUAACCACGGAUCCUUCGGCACUUACCCAACUCCCAUCCGCGAAACUCUCCACAACUUCCAGACCCAAGCGGAAUCCUCCCCCGACGAAUUCCUGCGCUACACCCAACCCGCCGCCCUCACCACGGCGCGCCACUCCCUGAGCCAACUCCUCAACUGCCCAGCCUCCGACCUGGUCUUUGUCAAGAACGCAACCACCGGCAUCGCCACCAUCCUCCACAACCUCCCCUUCGCGGACCAUGACGUGCUCCUCUACUUCUCCACCGUCUACGGCGCCGUCGAGAACGGCAUCUUCUCGCUCCUCGACCACCUGCCCCCGGGCAAAUUGCAAACCCGCAAAAUCGAGUAUAGCCUGUUUCCGGCCCCGCUCGCCCCGGCCAUGCUGGUCGAGACCUUCCGGCAGACGAUCCGGGAGGUGCGCGCCCAGGGGCUGACCCCCAAGAUCGCCGUGCUGGAGACGGUGGUGAGUCUGCCCGGCAUUCGGUUUCCGGUCGAGGAGAUCGUCGCGGUGUGUCGCGCGGAGGGGGUGUGGAGUUGUGUGGAUGCGGCGCAUGGGGUGGGCAUGCUGGGGUUGGACCUGGGGGUAGAGUUUAACGGGGAGACUCCGGGGAGGCAGGGGGAGAAGGAGGAGGAUGCUGCUGGUGCUGCUGGUGCUGGUGGGAAUUCAACCUCAUAUCCGAAACUUAAACUCCACGGGGUGGAUUUCUUGACGAGUAAUUGUCAUAAAUGGCUUUACACCCCCCGCAGCUGCGCCUUACUCUACGUCAACCCCAUCCACCAGCACCUCAUUCGCACCACCCUGCCUACAUCAUGGGGAUACAUCCCCGCCGAGAACGGGAACCAUAAAGCGAGACCCUCGCUGAUGGCUAGCGCCGGAACGAAAACCCCGUUCGAGACGCUCUUCGAGUUUGUCGCGACCGCCGACGACACGCCCUACCUCUGUACGCCCGCCGCCCUGCAAUUCCGCACGGACAUCUGCGGCGGCGAGGAGGCUAUCUAUACGUACUUGGAGGACCUCGCCAAUGAAGCGGCGGACCUGGUGUCGGAGGGGUUGGGGACGGAGGUCUUGGGGGAUCUGUCUCCCGAGGAAAAGGAGAACGGACUGAAAAGGAGUCUGUGGAGGAGAUGUGCGAUGAACAAUGUGCGGUUGCCCCUGGAAGUGGCAGUGGCGGGUACCGGACAACACGCGAACAAGGAUGGCAAGCAAGUGCUGCAACCCGCGCAGGUCCCUGCCGUGGUGGACUGGAUGCAGAGGCGGUUGGUUGAGGACUAUCGCACCUUUGUGCCCGUCUUCGCACACGGCGGGUGGCUGUGGGUGCGCUUGUCGGCCCAAGUCUAUUUGGAGAAAAGUGAUUUUGAAUGGUUGGUCCCCGUGUUGAAGGCGUUGGUUGGCCGCGUCAAGGAGGAGUUUAACCUCGCUUAAUUCUCUUGGAAUUACGACAGCAGCAGCAGCAGCAGCAGAUCUACAGGAACAUAGACAAACG